AUGAAAGUAUCCUCCAGAUACGAAGAACAUACUAGCAGCAGACGCCGAAAUAUAAUCCUCUCAAUCGUCGAUCAGCUAUAUUCGAUUCUUUCGACAGUCAUCGCUACCGUGGCAUUGGCCUACAUUUUCCCCGAGAAUAUCCUAUCAUGUCGUCUCGAGCAGCAGUGGCAGUCGUACUUUCGUGCGAAGAAUGCGCAGGCGAUUCGAACAAUUCAGGAUAAUCUUCAAUGUUGUGGACUGCGCAGCACCCAUGACAGAGCAUGGCCAUUCAAGGACCGCAACCAUGGUGAUAAUGCUUGUGAGCUUCAGCUUGGAUAUCCCCGGAGUUGUUUAGCACCAUGGCAGGAACAGCAACGGGUCGCGUCAUGGAUGGUCUUUGCAGCUGCGGUAUUGAUCUGGACUAUGAGGAUCGGCUUCCCUCAUAUUAGUCGCCGUCGACCUAGCUGGAUGAGCGCAUUCAGGACACGAGAGACGCCUGACUACCAGCGGAUAACUCAAGCGGAGGAGGUAGACGAGGAAGGUAACGGCGAGAGAACCAACGAUGCAGAGCAAGGAAGGACUUUGUUGCCUCACGAGGAGUCUGGUUAUUCCAACGAGUGGGGCCACUAA